AUGGCAGAAAGUGGCCGACGUUUGCCGGACGAUGUGUGCGAAUAUUACAUUUAUCCUCCACUUCCAAUGACUUUUGAUGACGAAGUCAUUGAACGACAGUUGGAGCAAUAUAUGGACUUGUAUUUAGCUCACGUUAGCGAAUGGCUGGUGGACUACAUUUGGCAGCAUCAGCCUUUCAAUCUGCAAGUUGUGACUGGUUUAGGGUCUAAUCCAGGCCACCUGAAAGGAUCAACCAACUUCGGAGACAAUGUUGAGGAUGAAUGGUUUAUUGUUUGGUUGCUUCAUCAAAUAACUAAGCAAUUCCCAGAGAUUGUUGCGAAAAUCCAUGAUAAUGAUGGAGAAUUCAUGCUGAUCGAGGCAGCCAAUGAAUUACCUAAAUGGUUACAGCCAGAGACUGCUGAGAACAGGAUUUAUAUCUAUCGAGGCAAGGUGCACAUCAUCCCUGUUCCCCAGAAUCCGUCAGAUGCAGCGAUGUUCCCUAUCUUCACUCCAAGUAUUGAAGAGGCUGUCAAAUGUCUGAGUGAUUAUCCAGAUAAUACUCUGGCUACUCCUGGAAUACAGCAUGCCAUAUCUAGCAGGAUCAAUGGGUACCCUGGCAAAGCCAAAGAAUCUAUUCACAGAGCCAACUGCUUUAUCCCUGCUGUAGCCCUAGCUGUACUCAAAGAGAACCCCAACCUUGUAGCUGCUGCUGUACAGGCUUUCUUUUACCGCACACCGGAUGAUCUCAAGGCAUGUCGAUCAUUUGCAUACUUCCGGUCUGGAUCCAGAGUCAUGGGUCAGGUCCGCAUGACACGCUGUCAGUAUGCUCAGUUGUUGCAACAGAGAUUUCAACCAGAUUCACGGUCAGGCUUUACAAUGCCUUCACAGUCUAGCAAUGAAUUUAAAGCGAAAGAUCUGGGUAUGAAACUGGCGCAUGGUUUUGAAAUGAUGUGUGCCCAAUGUGUAGGUCGGCCGGGCGUCAGUAGUCAGUCAAGACCUCCGACUGCCCGAUGGCAAAGAUACCUCAGAGCGCUCCAAGACAAGGGAUAUUUUAAGGGCCAAUUGGAAGGAUCCAAAUUAUAUCGAGAACUAUACGACAAAGCGGCAAAGUAUUAUCAAGAGAUGUUGGCAAGUCAAGAAGGGUCCUGGCCAGAGCCAAGCCAACAGCUGAUGAAUCUCAUUUCAACUGUACAGUAUGAUGUGGAAGUGAUGAGGCGGGAGGAGAAGAAUCUACCUCGUGAAGAUGAUGAUAGUUGGAUCAACGUGACCGUAGACAGCCUCGACGAUAUUCUCUCGAAGAGAAUGAGCACAAUCAGCACUUGUAGCGCCACAGCAGACCAGUACGACGAGAUGGCUAGUAAUAUGAAAUCGUUUAUUGACAAGAGGUCGAGUCAUGAGGGAGCUGAGUUCCCCGACCAGGAGGAGGGCGAUAUCAAGUUUGGCGCAGGAGGAUUUAUUCAUGCUAUGCAGAAAAUGUUCGAAUUUGAAGACCCCAGUAACAGUGACUCAGAUAUGAGUGAGUAUGGAUCCGACGACGAUAAUGACUUAGACGCCAUGAUCAACGCAGCAAGUGGUAAGAAACGAAGGCCAAAGUCCAAGGACCCUGCACAAAUGCAGAAAUACAUGGAGCAAAUGGACAGAGAAUUAGCUAAGACAGAGGUUGGGAAAAGUUUUGAACGAGAGGCAUCCUCCAGUAGACCUGCAGCUCCCCCAAGGAAGAAAAAUAAGGCGAAGGGCAGUGCACCAGUUGCAGAUACGGAAGAUUUCGACGACAUAGACCAAAUCGACGACGAUUUCCGACCCGUAAACGUUGAUGCAAAUCUUGUGAAAAAUAUGUUAGAAUCCCAGAAUUCACAACAAGGAAAUGCGGGACCCGCUUCAAAUAUUUUACGAUCAAUGGCCAGAAAUAAAGAGAAUCAAGGACCACGUAAAUAAAGGACUGUAUCAUUUGAAACUGGACAAUGUGCUUGUGUUUAUCACAAGUUGGGUGGCUCUGGCAGGCAAUGAUUUGAAUUGCCGUUUUGUGGGUUUUAUACAUGUACUCAUCGCCACUCAUUGUAGGUAUUGGCUUCCCAAUAAGUGGCGCUGAUUUUUGCUAGUGUAUGCCUCAAAAUGCAGUACCCUAGUGACAAUGAGCGCCAAGGGGGCCGUAGUUUUGCCGGUAUCCUAUUGCAGAUUGGUUGGACUCGGUGUGAAGGAUGAUCAUGCAUUUUCAACUAAAUGUUGAUUCCAUCUUUGGGUAGAUUUGGGAACUUUGAGAUUAUCAGAUGAAGAUAUUAUGUAAAGUUGGCUUACUGAAUAAAAUUGGCGUGCGUUUGUUGAAAACGAAUUGACUGGGUGAAAAUUGGGUAAUUGAAUAUUAUAUUGGUUGUAUAAUCAUUCCAAAGCAUAGUUCAGAUCAACAAAGCUUUUUCUUACUUCAUUUCAUGAAACAUUGUUUUCACAAUUGCACUUCUUAACUGAAGUUAUGGUAUUUUGAGCAUGGUUUUAUUUAUACGUACUUGAGCCAUUUUGGGGUUAGCGAAAUUUAUCCAUUUUAUUGUGUCGCUAGUGACAUGAUUGUGCUGCUGGCUGUAAAUUCCUACGAGUGAAACCCAGUAUUAUUGUGAUAAAGAGUAAAUAGAACCUAGAUGUGAUUUCCUUUGCUUAGGACAUAAAAAGUGUAGUUGUAAGGUUAGGAUUUUUUGUGUAAAUUUGUACUGGUUUGAAUAUUGACUAUUAGCCUUGGUAUAAGCAAACAUUACAUGUACUUCAGUAUGAUGUACCAGUACACUAAAACUUACGUAUUGGCAAAACUAAAGGUAUGUUGAGGCCCAAUGGAUGUUGUAUUUGUACAUGUAGCUUGAAUUUCACUGCCAAACUUAUUGUUUUGGAUAUUAAUUGCAGGUUUUAGUGUAAAUAUAUGUUAGGUAGCAAGACACUCUGCACACAGAACUGUUGUGGAUCAGACAUUUGCUGUUCAAAGAAAGUAAGCAAAAUUUGCUGUCAGCCAUGUAGUGUUUUACUGAACUAUUUUACGUGUUCAGGGAAAGGUCAAUUGUAGCUUGCUACCUGUAGGCUUGGGUCCUUCUAAUUACCAACCAAAGCCAAACCUCUCUUUGCUACAUAUCUAGACGUUUUGCAGACAGUUACCUCUGUGUGGUCCUAGCUUUGGACUUUGUUAGCAAACACCAGUCAGUGUUCUGCUGCUACAUUGUGGGAUUUUAGCUGUGGUAAACAUUGUGCUUUCAAAUAUUACCCAAAGUGCAUUUUGAUGUUAGGCCUAGAAUUGACUGUGCCUUGCUUUUCAUUACCAUAAAUCAGCUGAACCUAUUCAGUUCCUGUGAUAGGGUAACAGCCAGACACUGAUCACAAAUAUCACCAGAAACAUAUUUGCCAGAUUUUUGACGAGUCAUGUUUUUAUAUUGAGAUAUUUCUUAAUGUCAAUGUGCUAUAAGUUAUGAGGGCCUAAUUGUGAAUAUAGUCCACAGAGAAAUUUGUGUCUUAAAAAUCAUUUAUCAAAUAUUUGAAAAUGGAGAAGAGGGGACCGUCAUAUAAUGCUCUGUUCUUGCUUGAGCAAUGUGGCAUUUGAAAACAUGGCAUGGUGUGUGGUGGCCAGUAAAAUUUACAAAUGGUUAGACCUUAGAAGUGAAGACAAUGCCUUGAGUUUUAGUUGUAAUUUUGGAAGUCCUAUAAUCCCCGAUGUUGUGUCAUUGACGUCAUGAUGUACAUGUAGAUGGCGAUCAUCGGACUGCCAUGAUGAAAAUAUACGACCUCCAAUGUUAGAUAUCAUAAUAUUGCCAUCAGAAUCACUUAAUUGCCAUAUAGAACAUGAACAAACAGACUUCCUUUUGUAUAUUUCGGUCUAAGCAUUUAUUUGUACAUUUUAUGUCAUGUAAAUUUUUUACAGUUGCCAAAAAUAAAGUGUCCUGUUUUAAGCUAUCA